UAGGAAUCGGAGGUAUUAGCCCGAAAACCCGUUUACUCUCUCUCCGCGUCUUCUCUGUCUAGAUUUCAUCUUCCAAUCAAAUCACUCGUUAAAAAAAGCAGCUCCUCUGUACUCUCUCUCUCUCACUAGGGUUCUCAACUCUGAGCUCUCUCGAUCUGCUCUGUUUAUAGCAUCAAUGCUUUUGCCGGCUUUGAAAUGAAGGUUCCAGCGAUGCUGAAACAAAGAGUACUAAAAUGAGCCAGAUAGAGGUAUCCGAAAUGAGGCAAAAACAGCAGCCUGUUGCACUCGGGACUCUGAUUGGUCGAGAACUUAGGGGUGAGAAGUUGGACAAGCCGACUGUGAAAUAUGGGCAAGCUGCACUUGCUAAGAAAGGAGAGGACUAUUUCUUGAUCAAGCCCGAUUGCCAAAGGGUUCCGGGCGACCCGUCUAUGUCCUUUUCAGUUUUUGCGAUAUUUGAUGGGCAUAACGGCAUAUCAGCUGCAAUAUUUGCUAAGGAGAAUUUGCUGAACAAUGUCUUGAGUGCUGUUCCCCAAGGACUUGAUCGUGAAGAAUGGCUUCAAGCCCUUCCCAGGGCUUUAGUAGCUGGGUUUGUGAAAACCGACAUCGAGUUUCAGCAGCGAGGCGAGACAUCUGGAACAACUGUUACGUUUGUCGUGAUCGAUGGCUGGACUGUGACAGUUGCAUCUGUUGGAGAUUCUCGUUGCAUAUUGGACACUGUUGGUGGGGUUGUGUCUCUCCUUACAGUUGACCACCGGCUGGAGGAGAAUGUUGAGGAGCGGGAGCGUGUGACGGCCAGCGGAGGUGAGGUUGGAAGGCUUAAUGUUUUCGGGGGCAGUGAGGUUGGUCCAUUACGUUGCUGGCCUGGUGGAUUGUGUCUCUCAAGGUCCAUUGGUGAUACGGAUGUCGGCGAGUUUAUCGUCCCAAUUCCUCAUGUCAAGCAAGUCAAGCUCUCAAAUGCUGGGGGGAGGCUCAUUAUAGCUUCUGACGGUAUAUGGGAUGCGUUGUCAUCAGAUAGUGCUGCUCAGGCUUGUCGGGGUUUACCUGCAGAUCUUGCUGCAAAGUUGGUCGUUAAGGAGGCGCUUAGGUCACGGGGUUUGAAAGAUGAUACAACUUGCUUGGUUGUUGAUAUUAUUCCAUCAGAGCGUCCCAUUUUGCCCCCAACGCCAAAAAAGAAGCAAAAUAUACUGAGUUCACUUAUUUUUGGGAGGCGAGAACAUAACUCCGCAAAAGGAACUAAUAAUAGGCUGUCCACCGUUGGAGUUGUUGAGGAAUUGUUUGAAGAGGGUUCUGCAAUGCUUGCUGAGAGGCUGGGUAAAGAUUUCCCUUUGGACCCAAAUUCUGGACUCUUUAGAUGUGCUAUUUGCCAAGUGGAUCAGCCACCUAACGAGGGUUUGUCCGUGAACUCGGGCCCAUUUUUUUCUCCCUCGUCCAAGCCAUGGGAGGGUCCUUUCCUCUGUGCAAGUUGUCGCAGAAAGAAAGACGCCAUGGAAGGGAAAAAAUCGACCAAAUCGACAGUUACUGCAUGAAUCUGGUAAAAAACAAUAGUAAAUAUAAAUAUGAAAAAUUAUUUUAAAUUUUUUGUGCUUGCUUUGAAUUUUCAUCCAAAGUGAUUGAAGCGGAUGUUUGUAAGACGUGAUUUUAGCUACCUGGUAGAUGUUUUAGGAAAGCUAUUUGUACUUUUUUU